CUAGAAAUUAAGGGCUGGCGUGCCUUGCCGGGAGCUGAUCUGCUGAAUGAACCCGCGGAAGGCUGGCUGAGAGCUGUCAAGACACAUGGCCUUUGCCACGCAGCUGGCUCUGGUGAGGACCGCCGUUUUGCUCCUUUCUCUCCACUCAUCAGGAGAGAUGCCAUUAAUGCCCAAAAUUGACUAUUGUGUCAGUUUUUGGGCUAAAAACAUUACGUGCUAUUGGGAUCUUCUGCCAGAGACACAUUCCCCCAUAACGUACACCCUCCAUAUUACAGAAGAGUCUGGCCGAUGCCGGCAAGAUUUUGGCCGUCCCAGCCGGUGCGUUGCCAGGUGGGGAGAGCGCUCCUGCGGCGUUCCCGUGGAGAAUCUAUUUGCUUUCUACAAAAUCCAGCUCACCGCAGAGAGCCAGGGGGUCCAAGUCCGCUCUCUGGAAAAAUGCAUUCAAGGGAUGGCUGUCGUAAAACUGAGCCCACCGACGGUGAACGCCCUCCUGGCAAACCAGAGUCGCUGCUUUCAGCUGGAAUGGAGCCUCCCGGGUGACGAAGUGGUGUCUGUCUCGGAGGCCCAGUACGAGAUCCAGUACCGUGAUGUGGCCGAGAAGUCCUGGGCGCAGGUCAAUUUUACAGCAGCUGAGAAUGGGCAGGCCUUUGCCAAUGUCUGUGGAGUUUACCCCUUCACCAACUACUCCGUCCGGGUACGAGCCAAAUACCUCCUCAGCCAUUCCCUCCAAGGUGAUGGGAAUCCCUUCUGGAGCAACUGGAGCCCAGAGAGAUAUGUGAGAACCCUGCCUGCAGUUCCCUCCCGAGGACCGGCGCUCUGGAGGAAGUUCGGAAUCUCCGGUGCCGAUGGGAAGAGAGAUGUCAUCCUCAUGUGGAAGCCCUUAAAACCAAAGGAAGCCAACGGCGAGAUCUUGAUCUACUCUCUCUUCUCUCAGCGAAAGGGGGAGUCUGCUGGUCCACAGUGUCUCACUCAAGAGUUGCAGUGCACUCUCCGACUCCUGAUGGGAGUGGGUUAUACUUUCUCCAUUACCGCAAGAAACAUAGCAGGUGUAUCCCCUGUUACCAGUCUCAUUGUCCUACCAUCUGAUGGCCAGGAAGAACUAUCCUCCACGUUCCCAGUUCUCGCGUCUCCAGCAACUGACCACAGCUUCCUCUUGCGGUGGUCCCUGCCUCAUUUCCCGGCGAUCAGAUAUGUUUUUGAAUGGGGCCGGUUACCCAGGAAAAAGGGUGAAGACGUUUUCUGGCAUGAUCACUCCGGGAACACCAACCACAUGGUAAUUGCAGCUUUACAGAUUCAGUUGUCUUUCUCUGCAGAGGCAAUCAUGCCAGGAAAUCUGUACAGCCUUAAGGUCUUUGUUCUCAUACAUGGCAACGUCUGGGCCUCCGGUUCUACCAGUGGUUAUUCAAAGCAGACGGCUCCACUUCGUCUACCGACUUUAUAUCCAUCCCAGAUCUGGAAAACCGAGGUGGCAUUGCAGUGGGAGAUGCUCCCACUGGAGGAACGGGGUGGCGUGAUCAGAAACUACACCCUAUGUUACAAGGAAGAGGGGGAGAAUGAGCGGGCCGUGAUUUUGGACAGCUCCAUCCAGCGCUAUGUCAUUAGGGGCCUGGCCCCCGCCUCGAUCGUGCACGUCUACCUCAUGGUGGCCACCGAAGGAGGGAGCACUCGGGGAUCUGUGCUGUCCGUCCGCACCAAGAGUGAUGAACACGGCAAAGCCGAAGUCUUGAUCUUGGCAUUUUCUGUUGGGUUCCUCCUCCUCUUUGGAUCGUUGGCCUGCGUCUACAGAUAUCGAUGGCUUCAGAAAUACCUGUGGCCAAAAGUUCCAGACCCAGGAAAAAGCAACAUCGCUACCUGGAUGCCACCGAAAAUGUGUCUGGACUUCCCCUCUCCUUGCACCAAGAAAUGGAGUCAAGAUUAUCUCCAUAUGACCAUCCGUGACCUCUUGAGGGUCCACCCAUCCCAAGAGGGUGAGACAGACUCAAAAAUGUUUGCAGAAAAACGGUGGAUGGUGGAGGUUCCUGCCACUUUCUGGAAGAUCAGCCCUAUGCUAGGUAGCGAGGAUCCCUCAUGGAGGGAUGGAGACCUGCCCCAGAAAGGCCUGCCUUCUAGCAACGAGGUGGACUACUCAAAGGGAGCUGAAGGAAGGCCCUCCAAAAUUUCACAAGUAAACUAGCAGAGAAUUGGUUUCAAGAUAACAUUUGUAGAUAGUGGGAGGUUCUUUUCCCUUUCUUGUAACACGAGGAGUCUGUGGAGUCAUCUGCAGAACUUGAAACCUCAGAGCAGACUGAACGAAGAGCUCCUUUGCGCAGGGCGUGGAUAAACUGUGGAACUCACUGCCGCAAGAUGAAUUGACAAUGGCCUGCAGGGCUGCCUCUCAGAUAAAUUCAGACCCAGUUGGACUAAAAGCCAUUAAAAGCACCUUAUUCAACCCAAGCUGCUGAAUAACAGCUCAGAUCUAAGAUCUUGCAAAAGGCUUCGCUUUGGUCUAGCAUGCACGGCUUUUGGACUAUGCCAGCAAAUUUCUGCAAAUAACUCGAGCAACACCAACCCCAUCAGGACAAGGAGCCAAAGUUUCUCAAAAGGUGUUGGAAGAGGUAGAUCUGGUUGGGGAAAACCUACCACCUCUAUCUUUUGUCGUCAUUUUGUGAGACAGCCUCUUGGAUGUCAUGAGUUAACUGGGUGAUGAAACCUCCUUGUUGAGUAUCCAUUACAAUACUGUUUUUUUAAAAAAUAUGUGGUAUUUGAGCUAAGCUUCCCUUUCAGCUGUAGGUUUACCAGUCAGAGGUGAGGAAAAGAGAUCACUCUAUAAGGCUUACUUAAACACUGAUUAAAAAAAAAAGACUUCUAGAAAUUUGCAUGGUUUCCAGUUGCAACUGGACAGUUCUGUGUAUAAAAGCUGUAUUUUGC